AUGGACUUCCCGGAUCCAGGCGACACUGCGAUCAAGACCUUUCGCGGCUGCUUCAACAAGAUGACGGCGCAGGGCAUCACCUACUCGCAGAUCCGUGAGGCCCUGGUCAACCACAAGAUCGAGCUCGUCUUAACUGCGCACCCUACCCAGGCCCAGCGCAGGAGCAACCUCAAGAAGCACGAAUGCAUCUCCCAGCUCCUCAAGGUGAACGAUACCAGGGACUCUUUAACGCCGGGCGAGCAAGAGGAGCUACGAGCCAAGAUCCAGGCUCUUCAAUGGAGCUGCUGGCGAACAAAUGCAGUCCGCCGCAACCGGCCCACUGCGGAAGGUGAGGCACGAAACGGCAUGCUGGUGAUCGAGGACGCUGUUUGGACGGCAGUGCCAGAGCACUACCGACGUAUUGAUCGCUGCCUGAAGCACCGCGGGAUGCCGGCUCUCCCCUAUGAUGCAUCAGUCAUCAAGAUGAGUACCUGGAUGGGAGGAGAUCGGGAUGGCAACCCGAAUGUCACAGCCACGACGACCCGUGAAGUCAGCGCUCUUCUCCGAUGGAGAAUAGCUGAGCUCUACUACGCGGAGGUAGACGCCCUGCUCUUCGACUUGUCCAUGACGGGCGACACCAGCGAGGAGCUGCAGCAGGAGCUGAAGACUUUGAGCAGCAUGUGGUCCACUCCUGGCAGCAAUGGCGACAAGGUCUGUCGUCCAGACACACGCUGCGGCGUCCACCUCAACUUCCACAAUGGCGUGGCCGCGGACGAGCCGUACCGCCGGCUCCUCAUGAGCGUGCGCCGUCGCCUAUUCCGCACGAAGAAAUCCAUGGAGAGCCUCUACCUUGGCAAGCCAGUGGACAAGGACUUCGAGUCGGAGGUAUACCAGAGCAUGGAAGAGCUGGCUCGUCCCCUGGAGAUCAUGUACCGGUCCCUGGUGGCAACGGGUGAUGAGGUCUUGGCCCACGGCCGCCUGCUGGAUCUCAUCCGGAGAGUUCGUACCUUUGGCAUAAGCCUCGCCUGCCUGGACAUUCGCCAAGAGUCCGACAGGCACCGGGAGGUUAUGGAUGCCAUCGUCCAAUAUCUCGGAUUGGGGUCGUACUCGGCUUGGACGGAGCAGCAGAAGUGCGACUGGCUUCUCCAGGAGAUUCAGUCGCGGCGGCCGCUUCUGCCGCCAGACAUGCCGAUGUCCGAGAUUGUCCAGGAGGUUAUUGACACGUUCUGUACCAUCGCAGACCUGCCUCCAGAGGCUGUGGGUGCGUACUGCAUCUCGAUGUCCCGGGCCACUUCCGACAUCUUGGCGGUGUGUCUGCUGCAGAAGAUCGGGGGUGUGAAGCAGUUCAUGCGGAUCAGCCCUCUGUUCGAGACCAGGGACGACUUACAAGCGGCACCGAGUGUCAUCGACUCCCUGCUGAGCAUUCCGUGGUACAAGGAUCAUGUCAAAGGCAAGCAGGAGGUAAUGUUGGGCUACUCGGACUCUGUGAAGGAUGCUGGGAAGUUUGCCUCCACGUGGGCUCUGCAUGUGGCCAUGGAGAAGCUGGUUGAGGUCGGCGCCCGGCAUGGCGUGGAGAUCACCUUCUUCCACGGGCGCGGGGGCACCAUCAGCCGGGGAGGCGGACCCCCGCACCUCACGCUGCUGAACCAGCCGGCAGGAUCCAUCACCCGCCACCUGCGUCUCACGGUGCAGGGCGAGAUGAUUCAGCAGCACUUCAUGAACCCGGAGGUUGCCGAGCACACCAUGGAGCGAUAUGCAGUGGCGGUGCUGGAGCACAUCCUGACGCCUCCGCCGCUGCCCUGCGCAGAGUAUCGCGCCGCGAUGGAGGAGCUGGCCGACCUCUCGGCCGAGGACUACCAGACAACAGUUUUCCGCUCACCGGGCGACCAGUUCGUCAAGUACUUCCAUGCAGCCACGCCGUCGGCAGAGCUGGCACAGAUGAACAUUGGCUCAAGACCAGCCAAGCGCCGCAACUAUGGGGGCAUCGACACGCUAAGGGCCAUCCCCUGGAUCUUUGCCUGGACGCAGACGCGGCUGCUGCUGCCGGUCUGGUUGGGCAAUGGCCAUGCUCUGGACAAGUUCAUCACCGGGGGCAAGCUGGAGCUUCUCCAGUCCAUGUACGCAAAUUGGCCGUUCUUCAAGUCCAUGCUGGACCUCAUCGACAUUGAGCUUGGGAAGGCCGACGAACACAUCGCAGCCCAUUACGAUUCCAAGAUCUGCGAUGAUGCGCUGAAGCCCUUGGGCCAGGAUCUCCGCAAUCGACUGGCUCAGGCGACCACCUCUGUCCUGCAGGUCAAGCGGGAGAAGGAGGUCCUCUCUACGGAGCCGAGCACCAAACUGGCCAUUGGAAUGCGGAGGCCAUAUCUGGAUGCAACCCACGUGAUUCAAGCGGAGGUGCUCCAGCGUCUGCGGAAAGCCGGGGAGCACAUUUCCGAAGAGUUGGCUGAUGCCAUGAUUGUGAGCAUCCAGGGUAUUGCAGCUGGAAUGCAGAAUACUGGGUGA